CACAGAGUAUAAUUUUGUUAAGCAUGAUACUCAGCCCAAAGUCGUCAAGCACAACACCGUGUAUAGUCUUGUAGGUUGGUUUCCUGAUCUUUAAAUGUGUCCUAAAUGUCCAUAUUCUGAAGUUAUCUACCUAAUUAACGCCAACACAGAGUAUAACAAUAUCACGCGUGCGUGGGACAUUUUUAUAAGAAGAAGAAAUUAUUGGGGGGGGAAUAAGAAAACACUGAAACUGCAACGGAAACUCAAAAAUCAGAAUCCCCAAAUUAAAGAGGAAGCUUCGAUUGGAGAUUCGUAAGCGAAAGCGACGAUGGUGGGCGGUGGUGACGGAACUGGUGGAGGUAGACACUCCGAACCAUCGGUGCACAAUUCGGAGGAUACGGAAGAGAUGCCUAUCCCGAGGCUGAGUCUUGUUCCUAACAACGAGGAAGUUUCUUCUGAUAGCUACGACGAUCCGAAACUGGUAUAUAGCUCAAUCGUACUAAGAUCGCUAGAGAAGUACUUGCCGCCAGAGAUACUCGAGUUGAACAGAAACGAGAAGAUCAAAUACAUGUCAGACGUUUUGCGCAAGUACAUCUCACCCGAAGAUUGUAACAAAGCUCAAUUGUACAAGAACUAUAGGGAGAUGAUAUCCAGUUAUGAGCCAUGUUACAGGGGGUGGUACAAUUUUGAUCCCAAAUUGUUUUUGCUUCCCUCUUUCCUUGAGGCGAUCAGCGUUAACACAGAGGCAAGCUUCAGACGCAUCAUUUAUGAACCGCACCCCAGUGUUUUUGUCUUUGAAAUGUUUCAGCCUGACUUCUUUGAUAAAUUGAUCGUUGAGGCAGAAACUUUCAGAAAGUGGGCUCAAGAGAAAAAUUACCAGAUCAGGAGACUCAACAACACGGGUAAUUACGGUGUUGUGCUUGACGACUUUGGCCUGGAUAUCUUUCUUAACAAACUCACGCAGGAUUUUAUCUUUCCUCUUUGCAAAGUGUUCUUCCAUGAAUUGCGUGGAGCAAUGUUAGACUCUCACAAUGGAUUUUUUAAUGAAUAUGGUCAUGAGAGGGAUCCUGAAUUAGGCAAACAUAUCGAUCAUUCAGAAAUUACAUUGAAUGUUUGCUUGAAGAAACAACUUGAGGGAGGGGAAAUACUCUUCACAGGCACACGAUGCAAAAAACAUAUGUGGACAAAGUAUAAGGCAGAGCAGGAAAUGUUUCGUUACACUCAUAUACCGGGUAAAGCUAUACUUCACCGUGGCCGCCACCGCCAUAGUCCUAUAGCCACAACAGCACCCCGUUAUCGGGCCAAUAUGAUUCUUUACUGCAGAAGCUCUUUGUUUAGAGAGAUGGAAACUUAUCAGAAGGACUACUUCUCAGACUGGUGCGGUCAAUGUGCCCAAGAAUCAAAAUUUAAGGAAAGCCAGUUUCUUGAUACCAGAAGAGAGGAGAUGAUCAGAAUAGAGGAUGGAGCCAAUACUCGCUGAAACAUAAUACAGCUUACAGUUGGUCAAGCCCUGAGGUAUAUAUGCUUGGGCGUAUGACUCUAUACUUUCAAAAACUGAAUAUAUGUAGAAUGAUUUGAGGUAAAUAGUUCUGUGUAUCUUGAAUCUUCUCGACUCUCACAUUACUUAGGCACAUGUAUUUUACCUGUACAAUGAAUAGAACCAUUUAAUAUAGAUCUGAUUGGUUUUUUUU